CUUCCUUUGGCGGAGAAUUGAGACGUCAUCAUGACAAACAGGACAUUUGGAUAGCAUUUCUCAUGAAAAAGUGGAAAGAGAGAUGGCUGAGAUAUUACCAGAGGAAAAAGCCAGGUGAAUCAAGAGCUACAGGAUCCGCGUUAAUAUUAGAAAAGCCUUCCAGCUCUGGAGAGACGUUAGAGAGCAAGAAGGCCUGAAAACGGACGACGAGGUUGCUUUGUUUUUGCUUGAUACAAAGAAAGACAUAAACAUCUUGGAUGACAUGGGGUCUGUACAGAACUUCAUUAAUCAGACAUGGACAGAGCGCUACAACACUGAAAUCUCCACACAGGUGCUCACUCUCCUCUGGUCCACUAUAGUGUCCAUAUUCACUCUUGGUGGACUUGUGGGAGCGUCCGUUGGGGGAACUCUGGCCAUUAGAUUUGGAAGGAAAGGGACACUAUUGUUUAACAACACCUUUGCUCUGUUGGCUGCUUUCUUCAUGGGCUUGAGUUAUCCUUCUAGCACUUUUGAGCUUUUAAUUAUUGGACGCUUCCUGACAGGAGUAAAUGCAGGUAUCGGAAUAUGUGUGCAACCUCUGUAUAUUGGUGAGAUCGCACCUAGAGCUCUGCGUGGAGCCAUGGCCAUGGGAACUUCCAUCUUCAUCACCGGGGGGAUCUUAACAGGACAAGUGAUUGGCCUCAAUGAGUUGUUAGGUAAAGAGGAGUACUGGCCCAUCCUCUUGUCCACCAUCUGUAUUCCAGCCAUACUGCAGCUGCUGAUUCUGCCCUGGUUCCCUGAGAGCCCUCGCUACCUGCUCAUCGACCGUGGAGAUGAUGUUGCCUGCGAAAAGGCUCUAAUAUGGUUCCAUGGCCAGGAUAAGUACCAUGGAGAGAAGGAGGACAUAGAGAGAGAGAGGGACAGCUCGGUCGGCAUUAAACCCAAGAAGCCCUGGGAGCUUUUUAAAGACCGCAGUCUUCGCUGGCAGCUACUGACCCUCUUCGUGAUUCACACGUCCCAGCAACUCAAUGGCAUCAAUGCGAUUUAUUUCUAUGCAGACUACGUGUUCACCCAGGCCGGGAUUCCAGCUGACAAGAUUCCGUACGCUACAGUGGGAACCGGAGCUUGUGAGUGCAUCACUGCACUGACGUGUGGUCUUCUGAUCGAGUCUUUGGGAAGAAGAGCUCUGAUUAUCGGUGGAUACUCUCUCAUGAGCCUGUGUUGUGUCUGUUUCACCAUUGCACUGACUUUUCAGGAGUCCAGCCCUUGGGUUCCCUACCUUAGUAUGGUCUGUGUUUUUGCCUUCAUCCUCAGUUUUGGCCUUGGACCAGGUGGUGUGACAAACAUUUUAACAACGGAGCUGUUUACCCAAACCGAUCGGCCUGCUGCAUACAUGAUUGGUGGCUCUAUCAACUGGAUCUCUUUCUUCUUCAUCGGCAUGAUCUUCCCAUUUAUUGUGAAUGGCCUACAGCAGUACUGCUUCCUUGUUUUCCUGGUUAUCUGUUGCUUGGUGGCCACGUACAUCUUCUUUGUGGUUCCUGAGACCAAGAACAAGACAUUUCUGGAGAUUCAGAGUGAGUUUCGCUCUAGAAAGAAGAUCAAUGCUGUCAGUGGUCCUGAUGGCCCUCUACUGUCCACACCAAUGUAAAACACAAAAACAUUCACAACGCACAGUAUUUUAAUAUUUGAAAGGGCGUUAUAAAGUCAGUGUAUUUAAAUACAUUAAAAAAUGUACCAAAAAUACAUGGAAAUGUAAGACCAGCAAAUAUCUGAAAUAAAGACACUUAUAAUGCUGUACUAAAUAUAUAGUAAUUUGUAAGUGUGUGAUCAGUUAUUCACACACAGACUGCACUAAAUCAUGUGCCUUCAAAAUGAAUACUGUCUUUUAUAUCAAGGAGAGUCACAUGAUGAGGGACUUUCAAUAGUAUUACAUUUUGGGUGUUUUAAAGAAAUGGAUAUGGUUAAAACUCUAUGCAGUGAUACUUAAGUGCUAUUUAGAAUCAGUGUACUUGUAUGAUACAGGUUUCUGUAAUUACUUUUCAUCUCUAAUUCUGUAAAAUGGAUCCAUAUUAUGACCUUACAUACAUUUCAUGAAAUCACUGCAUGAAUCAUGCUUGAAAUUGUUUUAAUGUCAACAAAAAUAGUCAAUAAAGGAAACUUUUGCACAACA